AUGAGUGACCGACUAGAAGAUGUGAUCAGAGGAUGUGUGAGACAAUUUGCCUCAACUGUUGAUUUCACAACCUUUGCACAAUCUGGGAACGGACUCGCACUCAGUGUGCAAGAUGUCACUACGGUCAUUGAAAACCACAGAUUGUCUGUUGAAGAACAGAAGAAGAAAUUGUUCUGGCUUUGGGUUGAAAGAAACAGAUCGAAUGCAACUGCACAAAGAAUAAGGAAUCUUGUAACACAAUAUUAUGAAGUAGAACAACAGACUGCUUCCCCUCAUGUUGGCAGACUCGAAGAUAUUUCACAAGAUGUUGCUAAAACCACGGAUUCAUAUUUGCAACAAAUUGAAAAUGUUUCAUCUCAAAGAAGUGGAUCCGACAUUCUCUUGACUUGGGACGAAGUAUCUGACAGCAACAUUCUAUACAACAUAGAAAUCUUCUGCGAUGAUGUGAAACUCGGAGAGACUCACACUACAGAGGUUCCCCAGUAUAGAAUGAAGUCACCUACACUUGGUAAAACAUAUCGUUUCCAAGUCUGGGCCAAGGACGAAUGGGGUGACAUCGGAGUCAAGACACAGUCAAAGAAUGUUAUCAAAGUGGAAAACAUUAAAGUUGCCGGUGGCUCCAUGAGACUGAACGAAUGCAAAGUCACAUUUCCGAGUGGAACUUUUACCAAACAAACAAAGGUCUGGAUGUCGGCUGGAACUGUCAAUUCAAUAUGCCCAGAAGAAUACAUUGGUAUCACACCAGUUUUCAAUAUCAGUGCAGAAUCCGAAUUCCUCAAAGAUGCGAUUGUGCAAAUCCAGUCAUGGUGCAUCGGUCUAGAGAAAGACAAAAUUGACAUAUUACAUUUCUCAAGUAAAACUGACUGGGACAUUAUUAAACCUGAUCGAAUCACGGAGGAUAACAGCAUAGAAUUUCGAUCCAGGGAGUUUAGUCCAGUUACUGUCGCUAUUCAGUGGUUGCAAUGGCUACUUGAUAUGCCUGGACAGCAAACUACCAAUUUCUAUGGAGAUGUUAAUGUUGCAGGGAACAUGCAUAUGAUGAGACAAAGAUACAAUAUUCUACAACCUUUACAAGAUGAGCAAAAUGAACACGAUGAAGCUGGUGCAGUAGGUGGAAACCAAGAAACAGAAUCAAGUGAUGGCGGUAGCAACGGGGUCGAUAGAGUUGCUCUCGUUUAUCGAGAAACGAUUGCAAUCUCUGGUAAAACGAUAUCCAGCACUGGCACAAGUUACUUGCUUUUCACAUUCACAGAAUUCUCAAUCAGGUAUGGAGACUCUGAAAUCAUCUAUAAUGUAAAUAAGUGUCUGGGAGAUAGAGUAUACGAGGGAAGAAUAGUAACGCUUGAUAAUUUUGGAAAACCAAUCACACAGGAUAAAUUAGCUGUUAAACUUCGAACUAUUAAUAGAAGCUUGUCGAAAGAAGAAAUUGAUGAAAAGUAUCGGAAUGAAAUAGAAAAUGCAAUCAAGUUGCUUGCACACGACAACGUUGCUAGAUAUGUAAGACAUCGUUCAUGCUACCUUUCCAACGAACCUACUGUUGUUAUUGUCACAGAUCUGUGCAACCAUGAAAAGUUAGAAACGCAUCUGCCUGGAUUCUCAGUAGAAGACAAAAAAAUAUUGCUUUUACAACUUUGCCACGGACUAAACCAUAUCCAUCAGACUAAGCCUAAGCCGAUUGCCCACCGAGAUCUUAAACCAAGUAAUGUGUUGCUUUCAUUAGAUGGAAAGCAUAUUAAAAUUAUUGAUUUUGGAAUCAGCAAGGAGUUUGCAUUGGAUGAAAAUAAUACCAUUACCAAAUCAACUGGAUUUAGUGGAAGCUACGGUUGGGUUGCAUCAGAAAUGUGUUCAGACGACCGAUCCAAAGAAUUCGAAGCAUGGGUCAAGGCUGAUAUAUAUUCAUUAGGUCUUCUUAUUUAUUUUAUUUUUACUGAUGGAAAACACCCCUAUCAAGGAAGUCCUGCUUCUAGGCAUGCGAAAAUAGAGAACAAGGAACAACCAGAUUUCUCAGCUAUUGAAAAUGACGAACAGUUUCAUGACAGGUAUUUACUGAAAGAGCUUCUGAAAACCAUGCUCAGUCAUAAACCGGACGCUCGUCCUGGAAUUACAGAAAUACUUCAGCAUUGCAUUAUAUGGAAUGACGAAAAGAAAAUGAACUUCAUUAGUGUUUGUAGUGAAUAUUUACAGGAAAUUCCAGAAGGUGAAAAAAGAAAAAAAAUAGAGAGCAAUGGGACUGUGGAACAGAAGAUGGCAUACGUUCAUAUAAAAAGCAUUGAUAGCAUUCAGAGUAGAAAAUUGAGAGAAGACGAAAAAAUAGCUUUGAAGAAAAUUUAUACAAUCCUCAAAAAAGACUGGCUUAAAUUGAUAAAAGAAGAGUUGGAGGAUCCCAGAAACAAAUCGUAUAAGAACAGCUUCACUGAACUGGUUCGUUACAUACGAAACACUCAUGCACAUUUCAAAGAGAAAUCAGAAAAAAUGAAAUCCAAACUUGGGUCAAGAAACAGAGGCAUGUGGAAGUUUAUCGCUUCAAAUUUUCCAGAGUUCUUCCCGCACUUAUUCCAUCUCUUGAAAAAUGAAUUAAAAGGUGAUGACAAGGAAAAGUAUUUAGCAGAAGCAAACAUCCGUGAACUGACAAAAAAUAAUGAAACAAUAGAUGACAUGAUUAACAACUAUUUUAGCUUCGCAGUUAUGUCAAUGAUAAUGGUUGUACUUGUUUCUUUUAUUCUAGGCAGGUCUGGUUAA